AUGCUUUCCCUUGGCCUAGCUCUGUUGCUGGCCCCCCUGGCGUUGGCUUCUCAUGGCUCUUCCGUCAACCAUCAUGAGCUCGCAAAGCGUGCGGCGGUAGACGUCGCUGAGCGCUCAUCUGAACACACCGUCAAUAUCACCAAGCGAGAAGUCUUCUCUGACGCUCGUUGGACUUUCUACUCCACCGGACUGGGUGCAUGUGGUGACUGGAACAACGAUGGCGAUUUUAUCGUAGCCUUAAAUCAGGGAACCUUCGGUUACUCUUACCCAAGCCCCUUCUGCAACAAGAAAAUCGUCAUGAAGUAUGGUGGGAAGCAAACCACAGCGACUAUCAAGGAUUCGUGCCCCGGCUGUCCCUACAAAGGUCUUGAUCUCAGCCCCGGACUAUUUUCAUUCUUUGCCAAUCAAGAUAUGGGAGUCAUCCAAGGUACUUGGUGGUUUGCGGACGGGGGCGAUAAUGGCAACCCACCACCCCCCCCCCCGCCCCCUCCUCCACCAAAAACCACCAAGCAAAAGACAACUACUCCGCCCCCGCCCCCACCACCAAAGACCACCACCAAACAGGAGGACCCUGCCACUCGCACCACGUCCAAGACCACAACUACUACCAAAGCCAGUAGCUCAUCAGCACGUGCCUCGUCUGCUGUCAGCUCGACCCAUUCUGCCCCAUCCAACAGUGUUGCAGCGCCGUCUGGCACUGUCGCUCCCGUGUCAAGCACCAAUCCGGAGAAUCUUUUCUCCUUCGCCCAGGCCGCUAUUCAUCUCAGUGGAGUCGUCUUAGCUGGCGCUGGCGCUGCGUAG